CAGUACGCACACUCUCUCAUUUUUGAGAGAGAGACGAAGGUCUCUUCUAAGCUGCCAUACGGCCCAUACACACGCGAAAGACCGAUAAUCAGAGCCCACCAAACCAUGGAAUAGCAGCCCAAGUGUAGCGCAGCCACCAUUUGCGUUCCACACGGCCUACCCCAUCGCGCGGUGCAAACUUGGCCCAGAAACACCGAGCACGAUGCCACCGUGCGCGUGUGCCGUGCCUGCCGUGUGCGUGUGAGGCGGUGAGCGCAAGUGUGGGAAGCGAAGCGAGGCGAGCAAACCGCGAGUCGAGUCCGCGACGACGUUCGCGCACCAACCGGCCACACCGCACUUGUCCCGUGCCUGCGUUGCGUUGCGCCCGUCCGCCUCCCCAGGCCACCAUCGCUGCCCUCCCGGCCUCCCCUCCCUCCCCGACUCCCCACACCAGCCGCCCGCCCGCCCGGCCACUGGCCGCUGCUACAGAUAACGCCACGCCGGGAGAGACAGCCCGCGCCCAUGGCCGCCGUCGCGAGCCCCGCCCUCCGGCUCAGGCCCCGCCCCCGGACCGCCGCGCCGUCGCCUCCUCGCUGCCGCCUCAGCUCCUCCGCUUACUCGUAUUCCAAGUUUGCAAGGUCAUUGCCAAUUCAGAGAGUAAAUGGGGGUAGAAUGCAGCACUUGGACGCCCUAAAAGGGCAUGCUUUAAGAAGAUACGGCAACCACGAUGGAAGGUUUCAUAUCAAGCGAAUUACUUCCUUCGCUGCUAUGGACAAACAGGAGUCAAUUACUUCACCUACCACAGAUGCGUUGCCGGUAGAAGAGACCGAUAAUAGCACUGAGGAUUCCCCUGCGUCUGGUAGCUCCUCCUAUUUUACUGAGAGGGGUAAUGGAAAAUCAGGGUUCAUCUCAUUUCAAGGCAGUAGUUAUCAGAUGAAAAGUGUGGAGAGUGUGCCACAUCCUGGCAAGGAAGCGUCUAGAUUAGUUUGGUUUGUUGGUCCAACUAUCCUUGUGGCCUUCUUGGUUCUUCCAUCGCUUUACUUGCGCAAAGUACUCUCAGCUGUGUUUGAGGAUUCCUUGUUGACAGAUUUUCUUAUACUAUUCUUUACCGAGGCUCUAUUUUAUGGAGGAGUCGCAAUUUUUGUCCUGUUGAUUGAUAAAGUCUGGAGGCCUUUGCAGCAAGUAGCUCCUAAGAGUUAUAUCUGGUCAAAAUCCAGAUUUUUCCGUAUUUCUUCAGUAACAACGAUGGUUUUGAGCUUGAUGAUACCGCUUUUGACCAUGGGAAUGGUCUGGCCCUGGACUGGACCAGCAGCUUCAGCUACUCUUGCCCCUUAUCUGGUUGGUCUUGUUGUACAAUUCGCAUUCGAGCAGUAUGCACGGCAUCGGAAAUCACCUUCUUGGCCAGUUAUCCCUAUCAUCUUUAAGAUCUACAGGCUUCACCAACUGAACAGGGCAGCUCAGCUGGUGACAGCACUCACCUUUUCUGUUAGAGGAACAGAGGCAACAAACCAAACCUUGGCUAUCAUGAACUCCUUAGGAGCAUUAUUGACUGUCCUCCAGAUUCUUGGGGUUAUCUGCGUAUGGUCUCUAUCGAGUUUCCUAAUGAGGUUUCUUCCCUCUUCAGACAUUCCAGACCCUUAACUUCUAUCAGCUGAGGUAGCACUUAAAAUUAUGUGUACAGUCUCCAUAUUGUAAAUCAAUUUACCUGGAGCCAGUUGCCCAGUUGAUAAUGUCUGCAAAGUUUACUGUUGGUCUAGGGAUUAAACCGUGUGCAUCGUCAUUUGGGGAACUACAGUGAAACUAACUGGUAGGAACUACAGUGAAACUAAACUGCAAGAGAGAUGAACUGCCCGCACUGUACAAGUAGGGGCGUAGGGCUAGCGUGUUAACGUGUUCUUGUGGAUCAAAUUCUGGGAUUCCACAAGCCAGUUGGUAAACCUUGAGUACUAGAUUGAGGCUGUGUAUACUUCUACGUCAAAAUUAGAAGUUUGAAGAAAUUAGAACGAUAUGAUGGAAAAGUUGUAAGUUUGUGUUUGUAGGAAAGUUGGAUGUGGUGGAAAAGUUAGAAAUUUGAAGAAAAAAAGUUAGAAUCUAA